AUGUGUGGAAUGAACCUCAGCGCUGUGACGGUUUUCUCGGUGACCUCGGACGUGAAAGCCGCCACUGGCCUGGUCCAGGAAGGUCAGGAUUGCAGACUUUGCAUCCUGGGCUUUGCCUCCAUCGAUCAGUCCCAGGACCUGCAGAAGCUUGCGGCAUUCUUCCCGGUCUCUGACCUGCAGGUGGCGGUGAACCUGGCGGAGGGCCCAGUGCCCGGGGAGAAGGGGGAGGUGUGCGCGGCCUGCGUGAGAUGCUGGAGCCGCUGCGGCAAGUCCCCCGCAGAGUUUGUGCCCGGCAGUGACCUGGCGCCGCUGCAGGCUUUGCUACACUCCGUCGUCGAAGGCUCCGGCGGAGUUCUGCGAGUUGCGGAGCAUCAAGAGCUGUGGGCCACCUCGAGCGCGGUGCGCUCGCUGCGCUGCGCGCAGAUCGAAGGCUUCGCAGAGGGCGCGGCGAAAACUGGGCUGGGGCGCUUCAACGUGAUGGACUCGGCGCAGUGGUACCGCAGCGAGUGGCAGGGCAAGGUGCUUGAGGCAAGGUGGCCGAAUGGCUGGCGCCUCCCAGAGGUGCCGCUGCGGCUGGUGGAGCCUGCGUCGCUGGAGGAGUGGCUGGAGCUACAAGAAGACCUGGUGGGAUUCGUCGACCCGCACCUCCCCUUCUCCGAGAUUUCGGCCCGGGAAGUGGAGACGACUCUUCUGGCGCAAGAGGAGGGGUGCGAGAUUUUCUACAUUCGCCAGCUCUUCUCCUCCGAGGAGUGCCAGCAGCUGAUUGCUUUGGGCCUCCGAACCUGCCAGCCUUCUACCUCUUCAGCAGUGGAAAUUCCGCUUCCCAAAGCAGAGCACACUGCUCUGUGCAGUCGCCUAGACAGCAUCGCCGGGAAGACACUACCGGCCUUGCUUUGGGAGGCCCCGGCGGCGAGUUCUUCGGUGCGCCGCGCCGCGAAGCUGACGGCCUGGCUGGCCGGGGGUGCCGAGCUGGCCUUCCCUUGGCUGAGCGGCGCGCCUGAGCCGGUCUCGGGCGACGACCGCGCCGCUUGGGCACGGCUGCUGGCGGACGCCAACGGCCCAAAGUCCUUGACGGUGAGCCCCAAGGUCGGCGAUGCGGUGCUGGAUCCUGGCGGAAGACAUGCACUCUAG